AUGAUCUUGCGUGAGAAGUAUGCGGGCGGUCGGCAGCCCAGCUCCGUGUUUUGGGCUGUGGUGCAGCCAGCAGUGUCCUUGGGUUUCUUGGUGGUGGGAUUGUCCGCCUUUUUCGGGGAGCCCAUCGUGGAUUGGACCCCCAUCACUGCGCAGUACCUGGGCUUCUUGCGGCCCAGCGAGGGGAUCAACUUCCUCCCACAGGGCGCCUUCAUGUGUUUCUAUGGCUUCUUCGGCUUUUUUGUCUUCGGUCCCAUCCAGUGGUACAUCAACAUCUUCAACAUUGGUCAGGGCGUUUGUGAGUUCAACAAGAACGAUGGCAUGAUGUACAUUGUGCGGAACAACGAGAUGAUUCGCGAGGUGCCCUUGGAAGACUUCCAAGCUGUGAAGUUCGAGUGGACCAACUUGGCCGUCUUGGGUGCGCGGGAUGUGUACCUCAUUUGCCAGGAUGGAAAGGAGAUCCAUUUCAUGGACGAUCCCGAAGUGUACCCGAGAGCUUUGAGCUUUGAGAGCACUCAGGGUCGAAUCAUCACAUACCUUCUUGAGUUUGAAUGGGAUUUGCCCGUCCGGGCGCUUGCCACGCAACAAGUGGCAAAGCCUUAUUGA